AAUGUUGCAUUGCACACGGGGACCUCAGCUGUAGUUGCAUCCUGCAAACUUCAGGGCAGGCACUGGUGCCCAAUUGGGCAUUUGGGCACCAAGCUGCAGCGAUGGGAUGGAGCUGGCCCUGCUGCUCGUGUAUUUAUCACAAAAAAAGUGCUCUAGUCCUCUGUGAUUUUUCUUUCUCUAUUGUUCCUGGCUAUUGUUCCUGGCUCCAUUAUCCCCCGGUUGCUUACAUAAAUCAGCACGUGGCUCUCCGAGACACAACAGGGAGCAGCGCAUCCAUCCAAGGUCACUGUCCCUUGAUGCUGCAAGAGACAAAUCCCCUCCAAGGGCCGAGAGCUCCGGGAUGCUUCCUGCACGGCCGAAAUGGGCCCCACGAGGACCAUCCUGGUGCUCCGAGCCAAGGAUGCUCUUGGUCCAGGGAUGCUCCCGGCAGAGCAGCUGUGGGAGGCGGCACCGGGGAGGGGACAAGAGCGGGCCCGGCCCCAUUCCCCGCCUCGCUGCCACAAAACGGGAGCCGGGAGCCGGCUCGGCUUCACACUCUCCCCUCCAGCCCUACCGAACCGGGAUAUCCCCCAUUAAACCUUGGACUGAACCCAAGCCGGCACCGAACCGAGCCGUGCGCGGUCAGGAGGGAUGUAGAGAUCAGCACCGCGGAGAGCGGCCGUGCCGAGCCGUGCCGGGGCCAUGGCCAGCGUGCAGCAGGGCGAGAAGCAGCUCUUCGAGAAGUUCUGGCGAGGGACCUUCAAAGCCGUGGCCACACCGCGACCGGAGAGCAUCAUCGUGGCCAGCAUCACCGCCCGCAAACCGCUGCCCAGUGGGACGCUCAGCUGCCUGCCGUACUCUACCGAGGAUCGACGUCCUGAGAAGCUGAGCAGCUGUGUGUCCAAGGAGACCUCCACCACUAACGGCUGGGCAAGAGGGAAGGAGAGACGCGGCCAUGCUCACCACAGGUCACGCAGCCCCUCGUGUGACGGGGAACGUGCACCGCUGCCAGCCCGGGGGAAGAAGAAGAAGAAGAAAUCCAGCCGCAAGAAGCGACGGAGGUCUCCUUCCUACAGCCCCUCUCCUGUGAAGAAGAAGAAAAAGAAGAGCUCCAAGAAGCGAAAAAGAAACAGGUUAUCCUCAAAGAAGAGAAGACACAGCUCUCGUGGGCGCACUCGGAAAGCUCACCGCCACCGCCGCUGCCACUCUCGCUCAGAGAGCUCUGACUCCUAUUCCCCGAGCUGCCGGAGCAGGCACAGAGCCAGGUCUCGGGAGGAAGGGCGUAAAGCACGGCGGAGACGCUCCCAGCACCAUGCAAAAGUCCCAGCAAAGAGAAGCUCGUCUGCAGAGGUUCAGGCCAGCCAAACCCUCCCACUGCACAGCUUCCUGUCUCCUAAGGAAGUCAUCUCUCAGUCAGGGUCUUCUGCUGACCUCUUUACCAAAACAGACAGCCCGCCUGGCCACCUAACCAGCCAGAACGGAGAGUGUCAUGAAUAUGACUCAGGAAACGAUACUUCUUCCCCUCCCUCCACUCAAACGAGCUCAUCCAGGUCAAAGGACAGCCAGGAGAAACGAAGCGUAGCCCACGAUGGCUUUGGCCAUGCCUUCUCAUCCGGGAAGCCCAAAGUGGCCAACGGUGAUAACAGCUCUGAUUCAGGAAAUUCCUUCAGCAGUUGCUUUUCCCAGACCAAGGGAACAGCUUCGGAAAAUCUGUCUCCAGAUCCCCAGGGACAAGACCAAAGAGGAUGCCUGUCCUCGUGUCUCAGCUGUUCAGAGGAGAAGAAGCGCAGCGUCCCCCCGUCGCCAGCCCGCAGCUCACCGCUCAGGCCGUGCCCCCGCAGCGAGUCGUGCAGCAGCACGGGACGCUCCUCCCCUGGCUCCAGCUGCUCCUCACCCCGCAGGGCCUCCCCCAGGUACUCCCGCAGCAGGUCCUGCUCUUCAGGGAAGAGCCCCAGGUCUUCUUCACGGUCCCCCAGCUAUUCCUCCAAAUCCUGCAAAAAAAGCCCUGGCAGCAGGAGCUCAAAGACUCGCCGAAGCCCCAGUUACUCCCACUACAGCCCUACGAGGGACCGUGAGCACAAGCACAGCUCCAGUGAGAAGGAGUCACACCGGCAGCGGGACCGGCAGCGCCGGCGCUCCUAUUCCCCCCUGAGGAAGCGCAGGAGGGACUCCCCCAGCCACCUGGAGGCCCGGCGCAUCACCAGCGCCCGCAAACGCCCCAUCCCCUACUACCGGCCCAGCCCAUCCUCCUCCAGCAGUGCCAGCAGCUAUUCCUCCUGGUACAGCAGUCUCAGCCGCUCCCCUAGCCGGAGCAGGAGCUACUCCAGUCACCGGACGAGCCGCAGCCGCAGCUGGAGCAGCAGCAGUGCAGAGAGCAGGAGCCGCAGCAGGAGCUCAGGCCCCAGGAGCAGCCGCAGCCGGAGCAGGAGCUGUGACUCAGGAGGCAGCUCCGACAGCCUGCGUCGCUAAGGAGUGCCGCCGGCAUCACUGAAUUCCUUGCGUUCUCCACAUCCUUCCCACCUACUUGGCCAUUGAUCGCAAUCAUCCCCAAUACUGAUGCGACAGCAGCACCGGGUCCCCUUUUCUCAUUACGGAUGGAGUAAGAGCCCUCGUGCUCCUGGAACAGCCCCCCUGCUGCCUUGCAGGGAGGGUGGAUCCAUGCAGCUCCCCCAGUCAGAGCUGGGGCUGGAAGAGGGGCCAAUGCCCCACAAAGGCUCUGCAGACCCUACAGGGCCCAUCCUCCUGACAUCCCCAUCUCCCCAUCGCUGCCACUCUGCGACAGCUGCCAGCUGCUCCAAAGGAAGAAGAUUGUCUCUUUGCUCUUCUCUUGCCAAAGCGGGAGCCAGCGAAUUAAUUCCCUCCGGAGGAAGAGACACAUUUAGGGAGGAAUUUGCUGGGAAGCUUUGGUGAUGAGUGGACGUGACCUGUCCACCUCAAGGCAAAUAUCAGGUCCCUGAUAUUGGAUCUCUCCUCCCGAGAUUCUGCCCACUCUGCAGCAGGUCUCUGCCAUGAGCAUAUUUAUUUAUUGCCAUACGCCCAACACUGCUAUAAAUAGAAGGCCAGAAAUCCCUCCUGACAUUAAUUUCUGGGGGGGAAAAAAGCUAUUCCCUCUCUUUCUCCUGCCCUUUCCUAACAAGGUGUUACACAUCCACCUUUCACAGGGCUGUUUUAUUCCCCUCCAUCAGUGUGACCGCUGAGAGGAGACGCAGCAGAGGGGAGUCAGUGCUGUAGUGUGAGCUGGGGCUGCACGGCUCGCAUCUCAGAGACCCCCCACCCUCUCCCAAAAUUGCCUGUUUUUUUUUUCCCAGGAUCUGGGAGGGCCCUGCCUGCCUGGGCGGCCCUGCGGUUUUGUCUCCCUGCCAGGCUUGCCAGCCCAGCUGCCUGCGCAAUUACUGUGUUUUGCAGAGCAACAAAGGCUUCUCCUAGCACGGGCUGAGCCGGUGCUGAGGAUUUUCUUUCUCUUACAACACCUGGGUGCUUAGAGACGCUAAUUUAGGUCUAAGACUUCCCUCCCUCCCUUUUCCAUCCCCUCCCCUUCCAUCCUGCGUGAUCAUUAACGAGUUUGGGCUUAAUGAGUCAAGGAGGUGUGUCAUUGAAGUGUCACAGGAAAGGGCUAAGGGCAGCCAGCAUCUGCCGGAGGGGGAGAGGGGUGGAAGGAAAGGCAAACCCACAGCCAGAGAGUUACCCACGGCUCCCAGUGGCAGCACCUAAAGCUGUGAGCAGGGUAAGGUCAAACACAACCUGGAUGGUUGCCUUAGCAAGCAUAUAAACAUGUUAUCAGUUGGAAAACACGGCAGGAAGGUUUAUACUUCUACGUAGCUGAUGCGAGGGGAAAUUUGAUAACAGGGGCCCUUUUCCCCGUCUCCUUCUCACUGCAAACCCCUCAGGCUGUGGUUGAGAAUUACAGAUGAGGUGUUCUUGCAGCGGGUGCUGCUGCCUUCCCCCCACCCCAGCCCCACAGCAGCCCCCGGCUCCUCUGGUGGGGAGCACCCUUCUUGUAAAGGGCUGAGAAUCCCAUGCUUCUUCCUUAGGGAGUCCCUCCCAGUUUGGCAUUGUCACCCUGUAGCGCUCCAUGAAAGGUCUGAUCUCAGCGACCAGAGGCCAAAUCCCAAAUCUGUCUGUCUCUUCAUGCCCUUCCGUGCCCCCAAAUGCCAGCAUGCACCUGCAGCAGCGAGCCAGAUGGGCAACGGCUGGGAAAGCAAAGAGCUUUGUGCAAGCAGUGUAAACAGCCCAACUACAUUGAGCCGAGUUCCUCGUGGGAUGGAGAACAAACACAGUGCUGGAGGCAGCAGCACACGCUGGCUAUGGGACAAGAGGUGCCACGUGGCUCUGGUACCCAUCCACCUGCACGGCCGGUGGCAGCUGAAGGCUCUCCAGCAUCGGAGCAAAACCUCUUUAUUUAUUUAUUAAUUAUUUAUUGACGCACUUAUUUAUUAUCAGACGCGUUCUGUUUCUAAUUGCUACGGUCGGGACGGACGCGAGCGGUCGCCGUCGGCAGUAUUUAUUUAUUUAUUCUGGAGGGCAAAGGAAGGAGCAAGGAGUUAUUGGGGCUCUGUGUGCUUAUUUGGGUUGCAUGGAGGUUCCCAGUGCUGGCCCCGCACUGGCAGGAGGAAGGACUUCCCCACGUUGUUUUGCAUUGUGAUCCACCCAUGGAAAAUCUGAGGUUGGGCCGUGAGAGCACGGGAGGUGCCUGCAAAUCCAGCCCAGUGACAGCACUAACUGCUCUGUGUGUGUGUGUGUAUGUGCAUAUGUUUCCUCAGUGGUAUUUCUCUCUUUAUUUUUUAACUUAUUUAAGGUUUUUGGUACAAUGCUGAUCAUCGCCCGUCCCGUCAGUGGGUUUUUCUGUCACUUUGCAAGAAGCCUGUGAGCUUUUCUGUCUCUGUGCCUUUUGCCAGUGCUUCUUUUGUUGCGUGUUCACUCACUUGUUGCUUUUAUGGGAGUUUUACUCCACGACCAGAGUCUCAGGUUGCUGUUGUUUGCAUGGAGCAGCUUCUGCCCUGGGGCAGCUUGGCCCUUUGGGUGAACACAGAUCGCUGCUCAUUGGCGCUGGGGCUGUCCAGGUCCUCACCAAGAGCUCUGGGGCAAUGUGUUGGCCGCCUCUCAGAAGUGCCAUCUCAGAGGGUUUUCUUUCCUCAUCCUUCCUGCCCGUUGUGUUGUUUCCAUCCUAAGUGCCCUGGUUGCCUUUCCACAGCAGAGCACAUGACGCAGGGUCCCUCUGGGAUGCUCCCUGCUCACUCAACCCCCAGGCUCCCUCCUUUCCCACCCCACACACCAGGUCUCAAGCAAACCCAGCCCAGCCCCUGAAAUUUUGCUGCAAAGUGCAAAGAAAGGAUAUUUCAAUGCACUGUUGUGUCAUUCCAUUUUGUCGCGGGUUGCGGCGCUCAGCUGUGCUCUGCUUUAUGUUGACCGUAACUUUUCUCAAUGUUUCUGUUGUUUUGGGCGACUGAAAUUGUACCAAACCUACCUGCAAUGGCCAAUCGAUGUUAUUUUGCUAUGCAUUGUACAUAGAUCGAAAAGGCUGAGAGGACUUGGCCUCUUAUUUAAUAUUUAUUUCUCCUAUUUAUUGAGCAUUACUUAGGAAAACUGUUUGAGUCUCACCAUUGAGUCCAUGGGAUAUUUGAGAAAGGGGCAAUUUUAGGUGCCAGACUGAAGUCUUUAAUGUCCAGCAGGGUUGUGUUAUCUGUGUGAUAGAGGAUGAGCAAAUCCCGUGACUUUUGCAGCUGCCUGGAAGUCUGUGUGUGACCAGGAGGGUCUCUGAAGCACUGCAACAUCCACUGCUGUAGCAACAGCUCCUCGGUAAAGCAGCCUAAAUUUUGGACUGUUGUAGAGAACAGCACCUUGAGCCCUAUCCAGGAAAUGGAGAGAUUUAGAACAAAAGCCCAGACAGGAGAAAAGCUGCCAGGGAAACUGUGUCCCUGUUUUCUCUGCUGGUCAAUUCCUUACCAAAUCAUACCGGCACAUCUGUUCAUUCGACUUCACUGUAAAACUACCUUUGCUCUCCAUGGAAAUGCAUACUGUAUUCUUUAGUCUUCCUGGGGUAUUUGAGUCGUUAGCCUGUUUAGAAAAGGGUUCCAAUAAAAGUUCAGAUGAUAUCUGGUUCACAUCGCAGCCUGGUUUCUCGUGUUCCUUUUGGAUGGGGCUUGGUGCAGUGGGAUAUUUUGGGUUGUUUCAGCUGCUAGGUGCAGCAGGGCAUGUGCUUGCGAUCUCAGCUGCCGGGGAUGAGGUCCUUGGGGCACAGGCUGAAGCUGAACUGUUGAGCUCAGAUUCCUGCCAGCUGGGUCAGGCUUUUGCUGUCCUUUGCUGUGCGAUUUGGGUCAUCCUCAGCUCACAGACAGCCCAAGCCAGUAGUGUAGAUCUCACACCAAUUUGGGGGCAAUGGGGAUGCUCUGUGUCCCCUGAUAAUGCCAGCCACCAAGUCCUGCUGGCAGCUGAGAUGUGCAUCUGGGAAGGUUCUGAGCACGGCACAGACAUGGGGCAGUGUCCCCAGGUUGCUUGGCAGAUAGGAGGGCUCUGCGCUCCCCAGAGCUGACGUGGCGGUGCUGGCAGCUGUGGGAGGUGACUGGGAGAUUUGGAGUGACAACAGGAGCUAAAUUGGGAUCCCUGGAGAGGGACAUGUGACUAAUGGGGAUAAGCAAGGCGACAAGACAGAUUCCUGGCCUGGGAGGGAGGGUGGCCUGGAGCUACUAGGGAAACAUGGGACUGGAGAUCUCAGGGUGAAAUGUGGCAGGGAUGGAAGCGGCCAUGGGGCUGUCCCAAAGCGUGUGCUGGUGUCACCCCUGGAAUAGGUGAUGUCACUCCAGGUGAUGGGAGUGCUCAGCCAGGCAGGGCAGGAGAUAGAGAAGGACACUUCAGCCUCUGCUGUCUGCUGCUUCUCAGCUCCUCCCAGCAUCUCCAGUCAUACCCCAGUCCCUGGGGAGACCCCGCGAUGCCUGGCUGUGUCUCCCCACACACACGUGAGGGAGAUGAGGGAUGAGCACAGGAAGCAGCUCCUCCCCAUGCAGGCAAAGGCAGCUCCCUGUCCAACAGUGCCAUGUCACUGCUCCAUGAUUAAUACCCUCUGAGCGACCAGCAGCCGCAUCGCAACGUGGCCCACAGCGCAUUACGGCCUUCCUGCUGCAAUUUGUUCCAGCAAGUCCAUUAGAGAGAUUGUAGAUGCUGAAGAAAGCACGGUAGAGAUGGGAGGGAGCGAGGAAGCAGUGCAGCAUCCGGCGCAUCAUUGCUGACACUCAUCGGCGUGCCGGGACCCCUCUGCAGGAACCCUGCUGCCACCAGGCACCCCAGUGCCACCAGCGCCAGGUACCCCGCCGCACCCCAUCCCCUGCAGCCCUGUAAUUAGCCCCGCGCGGCUGUGAUUACGCCUCGCCCUGCUGCGGCGCAGCCAGGCACGCGAUGAGGAGGAGGAGGAGGGCGAGGAUGGGGCCACGUAGGGUCCCACUCCCACCCCAAUGAUUAUGGAACAUUGCUCCGGGCCCAGCCCCAGGCAUCAGCCCGCAAUCCCAGCCACUUUUUGCUGGUGACACAUCUCCGGGUGCAGCGGGUGUACAGUGCGGGGCCCAGCCCCACCUGGGGGUAUUUUUGAUGGGUGACACAGGGGUGCAGGCAGCCCACCCUGAGCUCCCCGGUUAUUUUUAGGCAGGUGCCGAAAACCCUGCGCCAGCCGGGAUCCUCAGGCCAGCGCGAGAGGUCAGCUGCACAGCCCAGAUUCUCCACGGCUGUUUCAUCCUCUCCAAAAUACUCGGCUGACAGGGCAGGAAUUGCAAAACACAGCCUCCCCCCCCGCAGCGUAUAAAUAGCGCUCGCCCGGCGGUGGAAGGUUGCAGAAGUUUCUCGGCUCCGAGCUCAGGCAUUUAUUGCGGCUCUCACCCGGGAGCGGUGGGGACACGGCACAGUGAUUGUGGGAGCGAGAGGGGAGAGAUAAGCUUUUAAUCUCGGGAUAUUCGGUUUGUAUUUUUUU